UAAUCAUGCGCAUAGUGCAAGUUCCGAGGACAUUCUAGUCUCGUACGCGGACAUUGACGCGUGCCAAGCGUACUGUUCCCAGCCGCAGAGCAUGCAUGAAAUCGCUUACUUUUAUUGUGCCCAAAAAGUCAAGCAGUACACGGACCCGUCAGUCCCGCAGAUCUCUUGGGUCGAGCUUACUGCAAUUCACGACACUGAAUUAAAGCACCUCGAGGCUGACGAGAGUGUUCGUGUAGCUGGAUCCGGAGUGUGCCGAGAGCGUCACCUUUCUCGACGAGGCCUUGGUCGGUUCCGGACAUUGUUCAAUCGCCCAAUAACACCCUACUGGAACCGGCAUCCCAACGAGUCCAUAUUUAUCCAAGAUCCAGGACACAUUACCGAGGAGAAAUAUUCCACGAAAAUAUCGAACGGCGAGGGGUGGCCCGCAUCUACGACCAUUCGAUCUGAAUCGUCCAAACCCACGAUAUCGCCAGCGAGAGCUUCAACACCAGCUCCAGCGGUCCCAGACCGUUCUAUUCCUCCAUACACCUCAUCUACAUCCAUGAUAUUCUCCAGAUCGUCCAUUACUUCGUCAAGAAGUUGUGGUGGGGACAAUUCAUCGGCAACCACUUCCAUCGUUAUCUCGUCCAAGUCGGACUUGCUUGGGAUUGAGAUGGAAAUGGUGGUAAAGUUCGACGAGUGUCCCAAAGGGAGAAGUGGCUCUGGAAGCGCCUGCGUUUCGCUCUACCGGGAAUAGAUUCUGAGCAUAAUUGUGAGGAAUACAUGUGAAGGGACACAUACCGAAAAUGAUUCAAGAUGAUUGGGAGAGAAAACGCUUGGCUGCAUCAAAGAUCUAUCAAAGACCUGCGGACAGUGUGACGCUGCAGCUUGAAAUGGACUAGCCAUUCCAUUCAAGGCGAUUCCGGUGCUAAUCAUGCUGUAAAAUCUCUAGAAGGUAGAUGGAGGAGCGAGUGAGGAGAUAGGGAGAAAAAACUUGGGUUUUAGUCUUUAUCCAGAGCGGAUUUAUGAAUAUUCGGCUCUUCAGAACCAAGAUAAAGAAGAUGAAUGCUUCCAAACCGUCUUUGUCCCGCCUUUGUUUGAAGUGAAAGGGAGUCAGGGUAGGGUAACUCCAAAAAGCUCAACAUCUGCAUAAUGGGGUUUCCUAGAGUAAAGGAGCUUCUUCCGGCUUGAGAAAG